AUGUUUUCUUUACUAGUUAAUGCUGCCAAAUAUAUUUGGGGUAAGACUGAUGAACCAAAUAUUGACGAAAUAAUAACUAAACUCGAAAGUUUUAACGACGACGUAUAUAACGACGAUGAUAAUUUGAUUGAAGAAAAUGAAAACCAUAAUUUUGAAGGAUGUUUUUACAGAAAUGGAACAAUUACAUCGAUCACAGCGGAUACUAUUUUGAUAGACGACCGUUACAUUUGUGACAUUUCAAACUCACCAACUAAUAACUUAGAAAAGGGAUUAAAAGUUCACUAUUUGGCUUAUCAAACCAGCCAAGAUGAUAUCAAAGUCCGUAAAAUAAUAUCAAUAGUUAGUGACUUCUGGGACGUAAAUGAUGAUGAUGAUUUAAUCAGUAAUAAUGAAAAAAACCAGAUUAUACGUAAAACUAUUGUUUGUAAAGUAAUGAAACGUGAUGGUCGUAAAGUACAUUUAGAACCGAUUAAUACGAUAAUUAAUUUAGACAAAGCAGAUGCUACAUUCGUGCCCUACCGCGGUGAUUGGGUGCAAGUAGAGUCACUAGUUGAAUUGAACGAAAAUUCUGGUGAUUUGGGUGGUGAAGUCUUGGAGGUCAGUAAAAUAUAUCCACUGAGAUCUACGAUAAAAAUAGGAUUGAUAACAAAGUAUGAUCAAUUGAAAGGAGUCGGAAAUGUUGACAGCGACAUGAUAUUCAGUAAAGUUGCGUGCCAACCGGGGUACAUUCCUUGUGAGGGUGAUAAAGUUGUUUGCGACAGUAUUGAAAGUGACCAGGGAGUUUACACAUGGAGAUGCCUAACCGUUGUACCGCUAAUUCAAGUAGACAAUACUGGAAAAUCAGUCGCCUCGGUUAACAGUACCAGCCAGGUGAAUGAAGAUAAUUUAAACACGCUUUUGAAAAAUAAAAAUGGUAUUAGUAUUACUGAAGAUUUAAAUUUUAAUUUAGAAUUUAAUGAAGAAAAAAAAUUAGAUGUAACUAUUACAAAUAAUUCAAAUAACAGUUACACUUUGAUCAAAGGCGUAUUCAUGUCUAAGAAAUCUCAAUCUCAACUAUCAUUACUCUCUCCAGAAAUAAAUAAAAGUACUAAAUUAUGCCCUGGUGAUUCAGUAGUUUAUACAUUUUUGUGUACAACUAAAUUUAUCGGAGCUACAAAGGAACUUUUUAUAUUUUGUUUCAACAGCUUUACAAUCGGGCGUAUGUUUGAGAUAAACGUUAAUGCUAAAAGUGUGUCAGUAGGUAUAAAUCCUGAUGAUAAAAAUUAUAAUAAUGAUAGAUUGGUAAGACAUGAUGUCUUUGAUCAAGAGUUUUAUAUACCGGGGGUACGUCCAUGUAAAGCACCAAAUUUUAUAAAAGUACGUUCUGGAGUCUAUCGAAUUCCUCAACGUUAUUGGAGCAUAAUACUGCCUUGUAUCAAUGAUAAAAUGUCUGCAAUUGAACUAGAAGGUGUUGUUGGGGAAGCACUCCCAUUUUUAAAUGACACAUUGACUCUUCAAAAUUACCGCGACCGCUUUCACGCCUUGCUGUAUCUGGAGGAAAUGAAUCUUACAAUUGAAAUGCAAAAGUAUGAUAUGGAUAGUGCUGUAAUGAUACCUGGCGGAGAGUUUUUAAUCCUCAAAGUUCCUGGGUUAUCAGAAAAACGCCCGUCGCUCAUUAUUGGAGAUCGUGUUGUUGUUUCCUUUAAAUGGGACUCUAGUGGUGGAAAAAUAAAAAAUGAAGGGUUUGUUCACAAAGUCAAAAAUUCAGAAAUAUUGCUUAAGUUUAAUCCUGAAUUCCACAAUACAUAUAAUGGAGAAGACUGUCAGAUUAUUUUUAAAAGUUCGUAUUCUGGACUUUCACGUGCUCAUAAUGCAAUAAACCUUGCUAUUAAUAAUUUAGGUGUUGAAAUUUUGUUUGCCACUUCGGUCAAUGAAAAAGAGUCGCAGAUUGAUCUAGAAGAAAACGAUCCAGACGAAAAACCAAAGUAUGUUAAAAAAACGAAUGAAUCGUUAUCAUCGGGUACGUCUUCUGGUGAAUCCACACCUCUAAAAAAUAGAAAACCACGAGCUUCAGACAGAUUAUUAAAAGUAUUAUCUGAAAUAGAUUCUAAAGAAAAAGAAAAAAAUAAAAAAAAAGACAAUUUGGAUUCAGAAAUAAUUAAUUCAUGUAAAUUGCAAAUAAAAAAACGUAAAUUAAUUUGGUUCAAUAAACAACUUAAUUAUUAUCAAAAAGAAGCUGUAAGGAAUAUACUACGCGGUAUUGCUCGACCACUUCCAUAUGUAAUAUUUGGACCUCCGGGAACUGGUAAGACUAUAACAUUGUGUGAAGCUAUUUUACAAAUUCUUACAUGUAUUCCUGAAAGUCGGAUACUUAUAGCGACACCCUCCAACAGCUCGGCUAAUUUAAUUGCUGAGCGUUUACUCGACAGUAAUGCUUUGAAGCCUGGUGAUUUGGUGCGAUUGGUUGCUCAUCAUUGUCUGAGUGAUGACUCGAUACCUGAACGUCUUUUACCAUACUGUGCAACUGGUGACUUGGCCGCUGAAGGAUCGUCCAAGAGAUUCGAGUACACUGGAUCGGGUCCUAUGAUUAAUUGCACGAUGAGUGUGCUAGGCAGACAUCGAAUUACAAUCGGCACAUGUAUUGCUCUGGGGUUAUUACACAAUAUGGGUUUUCCACGCGGUCAUUUUUCGCAUAUUCUCGUCGAUGAAGCUGGUCAGGCAACUGAGCCAGAAAUUAUGGUUCCUUUAUCCUUUAUUCAUUCAGACACCGGACAGAUAGUGCUUGCAGGAGAUCCGAUGCAACUUGGGCCAGUGGUAUCAAGUAGGCUCGCUGAACAUUUUGGACUUGCUGAGUCAUUUCUUGUGCGACUACUCCAACAGUUUCCUUAUCAACGUGAUAAUGAAGGAUUUGAGACGGGUUUUGAUCCUCGAUUGAUCACAAAACUUGUUAUCAACUAUCGAAGUCUUCCCGAAAUUUUAGAAUUGCCAAAUUCGCUGUUCUAUGACUCGGAAUUGGUUUCCAUUGUUAGUAAAACAGAUAGCCCAGAAGCCGAAAUUUUAAAAUCAAUAGCCGAUGAUUUGCCUCCGCGUGACGGUCAACCACCGGCUGUUAUUUUUCACGGUGUCAAUGGAGAAAAUCGUCAGGAUUCUGAUAGUCCAAGUUGGUAUAAUCCCGCUGAAGCCACUCAAGUUUAUAUUUAUCUUUUGAAGCUUUAUAAACGCGGAUUCAAUGAAAAUGACAUUGGAAUUAUAACGCCUUAUCAAAAACAAGUUGCUCAAAUACGUUCAUUACUUUGGGAGUUGGACAUGCAGUUGCCAAAAGUUGGAAGUGUUGAAGAAUUUCAGGGUCAAGAACGAAAAAUAAUCAUAUUGUCAACAGUAAGAUCUUGUAAUGAUUUUAUCGGUAAUGAUGCUCGGCAUGCACUUGGUUUUGUUGCUUCUCCACGGCGAUUAAAUGUCGCAAUUACACGACCACGUGCUCUAAUAAUUAUAAUUGGUAAUCCAUUUUUGUUAACUAAAGAUCCGUGUUGGAGAAGUGUAUUGACUUAUUGUCUUAAAAAUGAUUCUUACAUUGGCUGUAAUUUUUCUAUGUCAUAUGAUGAUCACGUUGAUAAUUAA